ACUUGUAAGUAGACGCUGCUUGAAUUAAAUACCCGGACUGGGGACCUGAAGCUCCUGCCCCUCCAGGUAGGAGAACUGUCCCGCAACUAGCGAUUCAUCUCAGAUUCGCACGAACUUUGAAAAGUCCUGCACACGCCAUCCCGUUUUGGAUCCCCGGGACUUUUGGCACAGCUUUACGCACGCCUGCGCAGCGCCCCGUCCGAUGCGGUCGCGUCAGAAACUUUCAGUCCGGGCCAUGCUGCGGUGACUCGAGUCCGCUGCCCGGGACUUCACCGUCGACUUGUUGUAAACAGCGGGAGGCGAAGAGGGAUGCUUGGAAAAUAUUUAUAACGCACCGAGCGGAGGAGACGAAAUCUUUUCGUGUCACUUGAUCGAGCAGCACCGAGGACACUAAAUCACAAGGAGGCCAGUGGGCUGCAGAGGUGAAGCGAGGACAAGACAGGUCGGUGUCUCCAAAUUCACCGGGCUCGAGUUUCAGCUGCCCCGGGGGCUCCUGGUAUUAAAGCCCGCAUUUGACCUGGGAUAAGUUGUCAACAAGAGCAGCGAGCGGAGGCGAACUGGCAGGUGUACAAGUUCAUUUACAUGCAUACAUAUAUUCACGCCACUAUAUAUAGAAGUUGUCUUUGGGACGAGAAGCCUUAAUAAGUUCCUCCACCCACCCAGCGGCCCCGCUGCAGCAGCCCCACGCACCGGGCGUGUGCGUGUGUCUAUAUAUACACCAUACAGGCUUUUAUUCCUCUUCGCAAUCUGUAUCCGAGGGGGCUGCCCGCCGUCGGUUUGGCUGUGAGGGCAGGAGUCGUCGCAUGGACUGACAUGGCCACCGACCUCGCCAUGAGCGCAGAGCUGCCCAACAGCCCCCUGGCCAUCGAGUACGUCAAUGACUUCGACCUGAUGAAGUUUGAGGUGAAGAAGGAGCCGCCGGAGGCGGACCGCUACUGCCACCGCCUCCCGUCGGGCUCCCUCUCCUCCACCCCGAUUAGCACACCCUGCUCCUCCGUGCCUUCCUCGCCCAGCUUCUGCGCCCCGAGCCCGGGCGCGCAGCCCAACCAGAGCCUCGCCGGCGGAGUCAACGGCGGCGGCGGCGGCGGAGGCGGCGGCGGCGGCAACAGCAGCGGCAACAACAAUCACGGCAACGCGGGCAAGCCUCAGCUGGAGGACCUGUACUGGAUCCCCAGCUACCAGCACCACAUCAACCCCGAGGCGCUCAACCUGACCCCGGAGGACGCGGUGGAGGCCCUCAUCGGUAACGCGCACCACCAUCACCACCACCACCAGGCCUACGAGGGCUUCCGCGGGCAGCAGUACGUCGGGGAGGACCUGUCUACGGCCUCCGCGGCCCACCACCACCAGGCCCACCACCACCACCACCACCACCACCACGGCCACCACGCCCGCCUGGAGGACCGCUUCUCGGACGAGCAGCUGGUCAGCAUGACGGUGCGGGAGCUGAACCGGCAGCUGCGCGGCUUCAGCAAGGAGGAGGUGAUCCGCCUGAAGCAGAAGAGGCGCACCCUGAAGAACCGGGGCUACGCGCAGUCCUGCCGCUUCAAACGCGUCCAGCAGAGGCACAUGCUGGAGACCGAGAAGUGCACCCUGCAGAACCAGGUGGAGCAGCUGAAGCAGGACGUGGCGCGCCUUGUCAAGGAGCGGGAUCUUUAUAAGGAGAAGUACGAGAAGUUGGCCAGCCGGAGCUACAAUGCCGGCGGCCCCGCGAACACAAGAGAUCCGUCCGGGAAACAGGCCAACGCCGAGUUCUUCAUUUAUUCCCUCGACAGAAGAGACUUUAAAACGCGGCAUCUUAAACCGAGAAUCAGCAUCAGCUGCGCACAAAAUAAUCCUUGCGCGCAUGUGAAGUCUUAAAGACGUGCAAGCCCGCAACGGCCCGUCGCGUGCUGAUGUCGGACACAUGGGAUCACUUAGCCUGUAGACUUUUCUCUGGUGGUCAGAAGUCUUACCGAACCGACCUGACAUUGAACGUGACUGUCUUAAUUCAGAGAGAGAGAGAGAUGAUUUUGUCUUAAACUAGGGGGGGGGGUGAUUUUUUUUUUUUUUUUAAAGAAACCCCCCCCCAGAUUGGACUGAAAUGGAAGCAGGGAAAAGCAAUACGCCGCCUCUCCUUUGGCCACAGAGAGCUCGUCAGACUGCUUGUGUCCUUUCAAUGUCGCAAGUGUGUAGUCCCCCCCCCGUCCCUAUUCGCAACCCUGCAUGCAGGACAUGUACGGUAACCUCCAGUCACCCCCCCAGGAUCCCUCCACACGUAGGGAAAGCAUGGCCCGCGGUUCUCUCCUCCUCCUUCCCCCCUGCUCCUGCCACUAGUAAGGCCUGGGUAUGCAAAAAGCCACAAAAUGCCCCCCCCCCCAGGGACUGCGGACUAGACUGCACAACGAUCUGCUACUGCGAAAACCGGAUGCGUCUUUAGCCGCUAUUUUCAAUCAAAUUUUCUAUUGUUUUAAAAAGAAAAGAAAAACGACAAAAAGAGAUGAACUGAGCCGGAUUGGAGACUGUAUUUAUUUCCACCUGUACAUACUGUGUCGAGAACAAGCAGUGAGCCGUGUUAUUUUACCUUCUCUCUUUUUAAAGGAACCUGCUUUCGUCGCUCGGAUGAUUCGAAAUGUCUUAAUACAAAUGUUUGUAUGUCCCAGCA